AAUAACUCUGGUAUAUACGUGAUCGAAUUAGCUGCGGGCGACGCAGUUGUGCUGGUGCAGAUUCAUCGCGAAAACAUUACAUUUCAGAAAAUCUAUCGACGUUACGUUGUAAUGUUUGUAGCGUGGUGUUAACGGCAAUUUGUCUAUACACGAAAUUACAUUGAUAAGCGAAUGUACGUGCUGCAAUUCACGCUCUUGAUCUGCGCGCUCGCCGGCUGUUGGCAGCCGUUGUCGUGGGAGUCGUUGUUCAAGCAUGUUAUUUACAAAACCUACGCGAUGUUCUUGGCCUCUUCGUUAUAUAUAUUCGCGCUGUCUCAGUUCAUGAAUAUCGUGCUGAACGCCAAAAAUUCCGACGAAUUCACCGACGCCUUGUACAUGAUGCUGACCGUGUUGGUCGCGGCCUACAAGCAAACUUACAUAUGGGUGGACCGCAAGAACGUCAUGGAGAUAAUCAACCAGCUCACGGAGAGACCCUUCGCGCCGUGUGAGCCGCAGGAAGUGAUGAUACGACAAAAAUUCGACAAAAGGAUACAGUAAGUAUCGUACACAUCGAGAUCGCGCGAGCAAACGGACACCUUGCGAUUGCUAGUCAAAGAAAAGAAUGUCUCUUCACGAAUAAAAAAUAAUUGCACACAGGGGCGCAAAAUAUAAUAUGAGGUGGGAGCGUCUGGUCGGAAAAAAAGGUGAACACUGUACACUAAAAGAAAAUAUCUCAUCUUUAGUGGAAUCUAUGUACAGCCUCAAGAAAGUUUUUUUUUAA